CCGGGGAACUCAGGCUUUAAAAGGAUCUGGAGGAUCCGGAUGGAUGAGAUCCGGAGAGGAUCCAACCUUGCUGUGUUAUUUGAUUCUAAUGGCUCUGUCUGUGCAAGGAGAUUCUCCCUUUAAUGGAGUCUUUUCUUUUCUAUCAAAAAAAAAAAAAAAAGACUCGCUCCGGUUUUAACUGCUCAUUUUCAAUGGAUUUUAGUGAAUAAACAAUUUUUUAUUUCAAAAAGUAAUAAAAUAAAAAAGACCCCCACCAUUGCGAAUAGGGCCCGACAUGUGUUUUUAGUGCCGGACAGAUGACUGGCUCUUUCCAUAACAUUUUGGUACUUCGUCAGCCUAACGUAGGGGAGUGACGUAUAACGGUACAAAAGAGCGAACCAAUUGUGUUUGUCUUUUAUUUUUCUUUUCUAUAUUUUAGUUAAAUUGAUCUAUGAAAUUGUUAUAAUUCCUUACUUUAGCCUUUAACAAUGAAAAUUGAUAAAAAUGAUCCUAAAUUUGUCUACCGUAAAUUAUUUUGAUCAUUCUAAGAAAAUAAGUCAACAUAUAUUCUUAUUAAAUUGUCACGCGAAUAGCUACGUGAUCAUCUUUUUAAAGAUAUUUUUGUCAAAUCAAUUAUUCUAUGAAAAUAAGUCAACAUAUAAUCUUAUCAAAUUGCCAUGUGAAUAGCUACGUGAUCAUCUUUUUAAAUAUAUUUUUAUCAAAUCAAUCAAUUCACUUAAUAAAGAUAUUGACAGAUUUUUCACAUAAGGGUAAAACAAUUUACGGUGGACAAACUCAUGGAUCACUUCUAUCGGUUUUCAUUGUCAAGAACCAAAAUAAAGAGUUAUAUCAAUCUUGGUGUCUAUUUUGGCUGAAAAAACCUUUCUUUCCUAAAUGACCAAUAUACUACAUCUGAAUUUCUGAAAGAAAUACACUAAAACUUGUUUUCUUAAAUAAAAUUAAAAUUGUUGCUUAGUACUACAACUUAAUUAAUGGCACUUUUAAGUAAGAAAUCUUGAGUUCAAAUAUUAUGGAUGACGAGUUCGAUAUAUUCUAUCUCAUCUUAAUGUAAAUACAUGGUUGUAUUAAAAAAUUGACAUUAUGGGUUAUCUCACUCUACUAGUGUAAAUCAAAUCACUUAUUAUUGGUUAUCUCGCUAUUUAACUUGUAGUUAAUGCUUUAGAAACAUCCUACAUUAUAAAUUACUUGCUAAUUCAGGUUUUUCUGUGUAGAUAUAAUAAUUACAGGCGUUUACGUUACUUCCACAAGUUCAAUUAGGAAAAAUGUCUAGUCCACGAGCACAAAGUAUACCAGCUCCAACUGGGAUUCAAAUGGCGGCAGUAAAUGGCGCUCCGGUUGCUGAAAAUGUCGUCAUUGGCAUUCCCGCUUCUACAGAACCCAUUCAUCAACCGAACCAUCCUUCACGUCAUCUACUAGAAAAUACCAAUAGAGAUUCCUACUUGAACUUGUGUAUGCCCCUCUAUAAAGCUGCAAUGAAAGGCGACUGGGAUACCACCAAGGACAUCUUAAAUAUCAACCGGGCACUCUUAACCGCUAGUAUAACAAAAGGAUGGGAAACUGUUCUUCACGUUGCAGCUGGAGUAAAGGACAAUAUUCACUUUGUGGGGGAACUAGUCCAAAUGAUGGAUGAAGAAGACUUGGCACUUCAAGACAUUAAAGGAAAUACGGCACUGAGCUUAGCUGCUGCAACUGGAACCCUAGAAAUUGCCGAGAUUUUGAUACGAAAAAAUAGGUCCUUGCCAACAAUUCCAGGUGGUAAAGGAAUGACACCACUCUAUGUGGCUGCUUUGUUUGGACAGUCUAAAAUGGCGUGGUAUUUAUACGAUAAAACAUAUGAAACGUUGAAUGAAAAGAGCCGCAGAUUUCUAUUCUUCUGUUGCAUCGAUCAUGAUCUUUAUGAUGUAGCCCUGAAGUUGCUAGAAGAUGAUACUACAUUAGCAACGGCCCGCAAAGGCGACGGUGGAACGGCCUUGCAUGUCAUAGCUCGAAAGUCUUUAGAAUUUGGUGACCAAAGUACCCCUGGAAUGUGUAGAAGACUUAUGAACACAUUGAAAGUACUCCUAGGCAUAAAGUUUUCUUACAAAAGAAACUUGAAGCAAACUGAAGCCUUGAAACUAGUCGAAUGCCUUUGGAAAGAAAUGUUGAAACAUGACGAUGAUGAAGUCAUGCGUCUGAUAGGAGAACCUUCAGAAUUACUAUUUGAUGCAGUGAAAUUAGGAAAUUAUGAGUUCUUGUCCGUUCUUAUUGACUUUUAUCCGGAGUUGCUAUCAGAAUGUGACGACAACAAUCAGACUAUAUUCCAUAUUGCAGUCUUGCAUCGCCAUGCAUGUAUCUUCAAUCUAGUGCACGAGACAGGCUCCAUCAAAGAUAUCAUAGCAACAUAUACUGACAAUGAGAAUAACAACAUUCUACAUCUAGCAGCAAAAUUGGCACCUCAAGACCAACUCAAUCUUGUGUCUGGAGCGGCUCUUCAAAUGCAGCGAGAAUUAGUAUGGUUUGAGGAAGUCGAGAAGAUAGUGCAACCUCCCUUCAUAGACAUGAAAAAUAACCAAGGCACAACACCUCGAGAAUUAUUCACUAGCGAGCAUGAGGAUCUAUUGCACAAAGGAGAAUCAUGGAUGAAGAGCACUGCAAAUUCGUGCAUGCUUGUUUCAACUAUUAUCGCCACUGUCGUGUUUUCAGCUGCAUUUAGCAUUCCGGGGGGUAUAUCUGAUAAUAAACGAACACCGAAUUUCGUAAAAGAGACAGCAUUUCUAAUCUUCAUCAUAUCUGAUGGAGUAGCACUCUUUUCCUCAUCAACUGCAAUCCUCAUGUUCUUGUACAUCCUUACAUCACGGUAUGCUGAAAACGAUUUUCUCAAAUCCUUACCGUUGAAGUUGAUGAUCGGACUCACUUCACUCUUCAUAUCUAUAACAUCGAUGAUGGUAGCUUUCAGCACAGCCUUCUAUUUAUCUUGUCACUACGAAUUGAGAUGGGUUCCGGAUCUUAUAUUUAUAUUUGCAUUCGUCCCUGUUGCCUUGUUCGCUUUCUUGCAGUAUCCUCUCCUGUCUGACAUAUUCUUUUCAACAUAUUGUUCAAGUCUUCUGUUUCAGCCAAGGAGGGAUUUGAUUUACUGGAAAGUCAAGGCCUAAUUUGUAGAACCCUCUAACUGAUACCUUGCCUCCACAAUGAUGUGUAUAUAUGUAUAUGAUGAUUGCUCAAAAUUGCAUGUCCAAUGCGCUUUGGUUAUACCAUUAAAUGUUUUUCUUGAGUAAUUUAUUAAAUUUGUGUUUUAUUAUGUAUAACUGAUCAAAUAGAUUUUAUAUCUAAUUUAUUUAAUUUUUGACUUA